UGGCGGGCGGGCGGAGAGGGGGCGGGAGCAGCGCGGGGAGGGUUUCGCAAUCGCCGCUCGCCCGCACUCAACACUUUAAAGAAAGAGACUCGGGCCCGGCCCGCGCCCCCUCCCCGCCCGCCCGCGGCCCCUACCGCAGCCGCAGCCGCGCCAGGUUCCACUUGUCCUUAAUCCAUGUGAAGACUUGUUGGAAACACAUUCUAGAAACUUGAAGGUUUUCAGUGUCCUAAUAAAUUCUGUUGUGUUAAAGAAGAGCCUGUCCAAAUGAGCAAGACAUCCCAGCAGAACACGGCAACAGAUGCGAAUGGAGUAAGUGUGAUUCACACCCAAGCACACGCCAGUGGUUUACAGCAGGUUCCCCAGUUGGUGCCUGUGAGUCCUGGUGGCGGAGGCAAAGCUGUGCCUCCAAGCAAGCAGGGAAAGAAGAAUUCCUUUGUGGAUAGAAACAGUGAUGAGUAUCGCCAGCGUAGAGAACGAAACAACAUGGCAGUGAAAAAGAGCCGGUUAAAAAGCAAGCAAAAAGCACAAGACACACUGCAGAGGGUCAACCAGCUCAAAGAAGAAAAUGAACGUUUAGAGGCAAAAAUUAAGCUCCUGACCAAGGAGCUGAGUGUACUGAAAGACUUGUUCCUUGAGCAUGCACACAAUCUUGCAGACAAUGUGCAGCCUGUUGGCACUGAAACCACCACAGCAAAUCCAGAAAACAAUGGACAGUAGACACUGUCAUGAAAUGAACUCCGGAGGUACAGCUUGUCUGUGCUGCCCAUGCAGUAACCGAGCAAAAACUGUUCUUUUAACCAUUAUUUUGUGGAGAUUUUCUUUUUAGGUUUAACACUGAAGAUUUGAUGCAACUAAAGCAUAAUUUUAGAGUACUUGUUUUAAAAUGUUAAAUGUUUUUCUUCUUUAAAGGGUUUGGCUAAUAAAUGCAGAUGAUCUAAAUUCACAGUCAACAAGGAGCUUAGUAUUAGAGAAGUAGCAUUUCUACAGAAAUGUUCACUUACCUUCUUUUAUUUUGCAUAACAAGAGGAAUCCAGCCGGAUGGUUCACUGUAGUAUCAGUGACUGAUACUUGGAUGAAAUGUCUUUUAAGUACCUUUUAACGCUUUUAAGCCUUUUGUUUUUUUCCAUUACAUAUUACAAAACUGCAAAGGCCGUAGAGGGAAUUUGCUUUCUUGUUUGGUGGACUACUUCAGAUCUGUAGAGCAAUCCUGUAAAGCACCAUUUAGGUCCUUCUUACCCAGUUAUUAUUAAUGGGGAGGGUAUAGUAAUAGUGAGCUGGGAUGCUUACUAGCAUUUUCUAGAAAAAUAGCAAUAUACUAUGACAUAUAUAGGCAGUUGGCUUCCAGACUGCAAAUGAUAAUCUGAAGCAUCAUGUACAAGGGGCAAAGUAGCACAUUGAGAAAGCCUUUCAAGCCUAUAUUCAUAUAUUAACGUUGUUCACGUAGUGACUCUGGGGCCUUAAGAGAAUGUGAUUUUGGUUUUCAGAAAAUGUCAAAAUGCUACCAAAAAUCUAUGUUCUGUAAAAUUGCAUUCUUGCCAAGAUGCAGGUAUCAGGGAGAACAAAAUGUGUGCAGCUUGGCUAAGCGAUGAAAGGGGUAACACAGCAUCUGCUCAGUCAGAAUAUAUGGAUCACUGCUCAUUGUCAUUCAUUUUCAUUUUCAAGGCUGUUCAGAUUUGCAGCAAAGAUCGUACAGAAAUCCAAAGUGAUUUUAAAAAUAAAUGGCCCUGGUCUGAGUAACUGAUUCAGCAUAACUUCUAUAGCCAUCAUACAGUUGUGUGAAGGAGUAUCCUCAGUCUUGUCUUACUUCCAUAGAACUUUUUCUAUAGCAAUUUUUAAAUGCUAGUGAUAAGUCUUUGCCAUGAUCCAUAAUGCAGUGGUAUGUACUAUAUUGAGGAUUUAAACAAUAAAAGUAAAGCAGAAAGUUUGAUGUAACCUUAAUUUAUUUUCGAGUAUUUCAUUGAUGAUGUGGUUGUGUUGCAUUUAACCUGUGUGUCUGGCUAGUGGAUUAUUACACUGUCUUAAUUUCCUUCCCACACUACCUUUUCUUCAUAGAUUAUUUUGUAGGAUGCUUGUUUGCAUUGUAUCUGUACUUAGGAAGAGAGCUUGGAAAACAGCUCUGUGAAGAUGCUGUUAGAAAACAAAGCCUCCAAAAGUUCUUUUUGAAUUUAAAAUUUUAAUACAAUGGUAAUCACACGUGGAAGACUUUUAUGGAUUGUUUUGAAUUUUGGUAGUCUUUUUAAAAAGAUGUGUUUUUUGGUUCUAGCUGCAGCUUAAGUAGGCAAGGUUGAAAUAAGAGAAGCUAAUAAAAACAUUUUGCCUCUAA